UGAGAGAGCUCCCCAUUCAUUUCCUCCUGAGUAGCCCACGGAAGAGGAGGGGAACGAGAGAGAGAGAGAGACAGAGAGAGAGAGAGAGGUAGUACAGCAAACAAGAAGCUGACCACACAGGAACACAAGACAGAGCAAAAGAAAAAGAGAGAGAAAGAGAGCCAAAAGGACGUUAAAAAGGAUAACAGUUCUUGCCCUCACAGUCCGGGACUUCAAACAAGAGCAGGAUGCUGAUGCUGGACGGGAUGCCUGUCCUGCGAGUCAAAACGGAGCCCCUGCAGGCACAGAGAAGGUCUCCGGAAAUAAGAGCUUAUCCAGACAUGGGCGUGCUGGUGAUGGACAGAAGGUUCCGGACUCAUUCACCUGACAGAUGCUUCCCUUUCGACCUCUUCCAGACACAGACAGAGCCUGUUGACCUUUCCACCAACAGAUCUCGCUCAUCACCUUCAUCAUCAUCAUCACUAUCCUCAUCACCUUCAUCAUCAUCAUCAUCAUCAAUACGUUUCUGUCCGCGCUCCCCUCCACUUUCAUCCACCAAGUCCCCUUCAUCAUUGUCAUCAUCAUCCUCUCUGCCAUCCUCCUCACCUCCUUCCGUUAUAACCCCCGUCCCGCGUCUGAAGCUGUCUCCAUCCAGGGUGUCGUCUCCACCCUCCGUGGCCUUGAGGGGGCAGCCCUUCCUUCCCCUGCCACAGCAGCCCCUGCCUCACUGCCCCAGCCCUAUUCACGUCCACCCCCGCAGGGUGCCCGUGGUGGUACAGCCUGUCCCGCUGGUAUAUCCUGGAGUGGGAUCACUGGGCCCUGGAGGUCUGAUGAUGCCCAUACUGGAGGAGAGUAGGAUACAUGGAAAAGCCUCUCUGAGUCCUGCAGGGUCAGUGACAGAACCCAGAACCCAACAGCAUGUUGAACAGACGCAUUCUGAUGACUGGAAGCCCAUUGUGCUUCACACUCUUUAUUCAGUCCAGCAGGCAGCAGCCUUUAUCCACACAGGAAUCACACAUCAGGUUCCAGAUAGACCAUCGCCACGGCGAUCAUUCAGUGACAGCGAGGAUGAUGAUCUGCCCAACGUCACACUGGACAGUGUGAACGAGACCGGUUCCACUGCCCUGACCAUUGCACGUGCCGUGCAGGACUCCAUACUGCCGUUCAGCAUUGACAGCUUGCGAAGGCCAAGGCGGCCCGAGUCCCCUGAUUCCAAGAGGAGACGCAUCCACCGCUGUGAGUUUGAGGGCUGCAGUAAAGUUUACACCAAAAGCUCCCACCUGAAGGCCCACCGGAGGACCCACACCGGCGAGAAGCCAUAUAAAUGCACAUGGGACGGCUGCACGUGGAAGUUCGCACGCUCGGACGAGCUCACGCGCCACUAUCGCAAACACACGGGCGUCAAGCCCUUCAAGUGCGGAGACUGUGAGCGCAGCUUCUCGCGCUCCGACCACCUCGCGCUGCACCGCCGGCGCCACGCGCUAGUGUAAAGGCGGGAUGGACCAAUAGGGAGACAGGGCUGGGCUCUGUCAGCCAAUGGCGAGCCAGGGAAGGGCUGGACCCCUCCCAGCUCAAAGGAAAAAUGGCGGGAAGAAAUGGCCUGUAGUAGUAAAGCGUCUCAGAGUGAAAGUUCUGACCUGGGAUCAGUUUUGACCUUUUAUAUCCUGAAGAACACAUUUAUGUAGGUGUGGAGAGCUGACCCUGAUCCACUCUCACUCUCAGACACUGGAUACAGGGGAUUUGGGCCCAAGUCUACAAUAAUAAAUUACUGUCCACUUUAUUGGAAACGCUCAUCCUGUACUUCUAUUCACUGGCCACUUUAUGAGCUCUACCUACCUUGUAUAUCCAUUAUAUAGGAGCAUUAUACAGCUGCAGACUGUAGCCCAUCUGUUGGCAGCCACCUUCUACACCAUUCAUCAUUGGUCAGUUUUUGACCACAGUGAGGUUGAGUGUGGUCUGUUCCCCAAAAAUGUUCAUACAAAAGCAGCUUUCUGGUCAGAAACUGACCCCUAAAAUAGAGCUAGAGUGCCUAUGGCAAUAAAUGGCUUGGUACUCUGGUGGGAGGAGAGGUGAGCUAGUAUAAGGGAUGUUAUGGGUUCAAAGCCCAGGAGGGUCCACUUGGCAAAAUUUCUGCAUAACUCAAUAAUUGAAAUAUAAAGUCAUUUGGAGAAGAAUAUAAAGUCAUUCAGUUGUUUGACGUAAAAAUGUUCUGUUCUAGACAAACUUACAGAUUCAGAGUUGCUCACAGUGGUAACCAAACGCUUGAUCACAUGAAAUGGUUACAAAUAUGAUGCCUGAGAUAUUGUUUUACAUAAAGGUUGAGAAUAUUUUGGAUUUUAAAAAGUAACUUUUUAGUCCGUUCAUGGUGAAGAGAUACAUACAGGGCUUGGUAAGGCAAAAUAAUACUCAAGGAAAGUUUUUAUCAUCAUGAACCUUACACAUUAAAGCUCAAAAGACACGUGUAGGCUCGCUGCUGGUUUUGGAUAGUAAAUAAAUUGGCUAUAUUUGACCCCAUUACACCACCAUUGUAACGAAUUCAGAGUUGCUGUGCUGAUCCCAGACUAGUAAAGCAGCAAAACGAAUUCCCCUCAUAGGAUCAAUAAAGUAGGUGUUUCUGAUAAAGUGGCCAUUGAUGUAGAGAAUAGGGAGCAGAAGCGAACUUAAUAUCUUAUUGAAAACCAGCAGAGUAUUUACAUAUCAGCAUUUACACGCAGGUUUAUUGAAGUACCUUUGCCAAUUAAUGAAUAUUUCAGUUCAAGAAGCAAUUUUUCUGAAGUUUUAGUCAGUAUGAAGAGAAACAAAGUCUUACUGACAGUGUCAGUGUCAGCUGUGAAAUGGAUACAAAUCCAUAGCGAGGGGUUUCAACACUUUCUCAACACUUUCCUUACAAUCGCUCGCAAAACUAUUUGUGUGUUUAUCAGUUGUGGUUUGCUUGCACAUUCCAUUCAAAACAAAAACUGAUGGACUGGAUCAUCAACAGGGUAACAGUAAAUGUGAAAGAGCAAAGCCAUUUUCUAAACAUUAUCAGGAUAUCACAACGGCAUGUUUUGGUUUCCGUUUAUGCACCAAAAAUAAUCCUUCUCAUUCUGCACGGCUGCAAUAUGGCAACACAAAACCACUUUAGAAUGGACCUUUAAAGGGAUACUUCACCAAGAUUACAUGUGAGGGGAUAGUGUUCCUUUUAAGGCCAUGCAAUUAUCUAUGUACUGUGUUCUCCAACGUCAGGUAGAGAGCAAGAGAGAGAGAGAGAGAGAGAGGGAGAAAGAGAGAGAGAGAGAUCCUUUACAUUCAAAAUCAAUUGCAUCAUUUGUGCACAAACAUAGUGUAGCAGAUGUCUGUACAUUUUUAUAAAAAGAAUUUAUCAUGUUGUGUAUCUUUUUGUGCAUUUAUGUCUUGUAUUUGUUCAGUAUUUUGCACCCUUUUUUUCUGAAGUAUGUGAUGUCACCAUUUAUAGUAUUGUAUAGGAGGCCUGAUGACUGAUAAUCACACAGAAGUGUUAACCGUCAAAGGGACGUUCCUUUAACCUUUAAUCUGUUUUGCAAUUAUGUAUUUGUAAAUGAUGUUAUUGUACACAUUUCCUUUUUUAUAUGGAUUGACUGUGAAUUUAUACAUAAAUAUAUGUUUAAUGGAUUGAAUGAAGGCAUGAAUAAAAAGUUUGUAUAUUGAAAAAA